AUGCAGCGAAUGGACGCUGUUGUAGGGGGAGGAAUCGGCGCAGGGGGCGAAGUCGGCGCAGGGGCAGGCGGGGAUGGGGAGGCCGGCGCGGGCGGCGGAUCGGGCGAAGGGGAUGGCGGGAUCGGAGGAGAUCCAGGCGAAGCUGGUUCUCCGGCCUGUGCCAAUGGGAGCGCAACGGUCGAGGCAGCUUUAGACGCGACCAUAGAGUCCGCCGUCGCGGCCGCCGCCUCCCUCGCCGCAGCUGGCGCGGAAGGAUCGCCAGUUGCGGAUUCCACAGCUGGAAAUCCCCCCCCGGGCGGUGCGGCGACUUCGGCGGAAGCUCCGCCAGGUGGAGGCGCGGAGGAAGAUGGUCCGCGGCACGCCCACAAGUCGCUCUCCACGGGAACAACCGUGGCCCCUGUGGGGAGUCGCAGCGCGGGGCGGCGCGAGGCUAUCACGGUGAAGAAGCUUCGGGCAGCGAAAGUUUCUAAGCUUCCCAGUUUCAACCACGAGCCAAUCAUCCCCUCCACAACCCCCGAAUUCAACGAAUGGGAAAAACCCGUCACUCCCCCCAGCGACCACCACUACCAGCACUAUCACCAGUACCACCAGCAGCAGCAACAGCAGCAGCAGGGGUACCCGCCAGUAUCCCCACCAUCGUUGGACGACCCUUCAUCGUUCAGCCAUCCGCCGCAGUUCAGCUGGCAUGAGGAGGCGCGCGGGUCGCAGUCCAUGGGGCCGCGCACAGGCAGUGGCGCCGCGGUCGUGGCGGCCCGGCGCUCGUUCAAGUACACACAGCAGUUCCAGCAGCGCGGGGAACAACCGCGGUUCGGACAGCCAGCCGCCAUCAAUCCCCCCUCCCCCAAUCAGCACCUCUCCCCCGACCCUGCCGCUUGCUCCCAGCCUGAAUCUCCCCUCGACCGCUCCCCUUCCGCCCAGCAGCAGCAGCAGCAGCAGCAGCAGCAGCAGCAGCAGCAGCCGUCACAGCCGCCGCCGCAGCAGCAGCAGCCACAAGAGGUGAUUCAAAUGAUCCCAGGUGUCUCCUCCUCCCCUCCCAACAACCUAUCCUGCUCCCCUACCACCCCACCGUACUCCACCCUCCCACACCGCAGCUUAAUCCCCACAACCUCCCCCACCAAUCCCUCUGAAGCAGCUUUUGAACCCUUAACACCACCGAACCCACCAUUCCCCACUCUCCCUUACCAAAGCAUCAUCCCGACAGCUUCUCCCGCCCUGUCCUCCUCCUCUCCCACUUUCGAACCUCUGAAUCGAGCUCCACCGCACUCCACCGCGCCCGGCCGUACCGUCCCUCGCACAGCCUCCGCACCGCACCCCGAACCAGCCGGGGAACCCCUGACUGGGCUCAACCCACCGUACUCAACCCUUCCCCACCGCAGCAUCAUCCCCACGGCCUCCCCUGCCCAUUCUUCCGGGCUCGGGCGAAGGCCUAGCUCUGCUCGGCGCGCACACACACAGCAAGGAGUAGCGGAUCGAGUAGGGGGUGCCAACUGCACUGCAACUGCAUAUACAAGCAGGGCUCUGGUGAAUCGGCCGGUGGUUCGUAGCGCUUCGGCUGAUAGAGCAAGGGGAGGGGCGGUGGGGGGAGAGAGGGAGAGGGAGAGGGAGGGUGAGUGGGAGUGGGUGAGGGGGAGGGAAGGGGAGUGGGAGAGAGUGAGAGGGAGGGAGGGGGAGUGGGAGAGGGCGAGGGGGGGUGCGAGUCCUGCGGUGAGUUUACCGGAUACGUGGUGUGGGAGUGGGAGUGGGACAAGGGUGGGGCUGCAGCAAGGUAUGCAGAUGCAGGGACGCAUGCAGUCUCAGGCACAGGCGCAGACAGAGGGAGAGAAGCAGGCACAGGAGGAAUUGGAAGUUGGGAAGAGGGGGUUGUGGAGAGGGGAGGAGGAAAGUCACAGGUUUGGGGAGUGGCGGGUGCGGCGGUUGUUUCCAGGGGAGAGUGCAGAGCAAGACGGAGGAGGAGGAGGAGGAGGAGGAGGAGGAGGAGGAGGAGGAGGAGGAGGAGGAGGAGGAGAGGGAGAAGGAGGAGGAGGGGGAGGGGGAGAUGGGGGGCGGGUGGGGGAGGUGCGAGCGGGGGAGGUAGAGGCAGGGCGGGGGGAGAGGCUGAUGGCAGUGCGUUCGUUCUGCAGUGCACAGGGUUCUCUGCUAAUGCACAGUGGCUGUCUGGAUGGUGUUGUUGCUGCUGCUGAUGGUGGUGGUGUGGCGAAUGCUUCGUGUUUUGAGCCGACUCAAAACUCGUUCUGCAGUGCUCAGGGCUCGCUGGUGAUGCACAGUGGAUGUCUGGAUGGUGCUGCUGCUGCUGGUGCUGGUGGUGGUGGUGGUGGUGUGGCGAAUGCUGCUGAUAUGGGGAACACACGCAGCAGCAGCAGGCGGGCGUUUUUCACCAAGGGGCGGACGAGACAGGGGAGCUUUGGGCGGGCUGUGGGGAACAGGCGGAGGAGUGGUGGCAGUGGAGGGGGGAGCAGGGAUUUCGGUAGCGGUGGCAGUGGUGGUGGUGAUGAUGUUAGUCAGAGUAGCUUUGGCUUGGAUGGUACUGAUUUGAGUGAAGGGCUGGUGAUUGCAGAGGAAGAAGGGGUGGUGGAGAGAGGGAGUGGAGAGAUGAGCAGGAGUAGCAAACCCGGCAGUGAGGGGGGUGCUGGUGGGGAGGGGCAAAGGAACAGUUUUGGCGUGGACGGAAGAGGUGGAGAUGAGGGAAGAGAGGGAGAGGGAGACCAGGAGGGAGAUAUAGAGGGAGGUAAGGAGGAAGGUAGGGGGGUAACGGGAGUAGACGGAGAGCAACAGAGGGGGCAUCAGAGGGAGCAGGAGGAGCAGGGGAAUCAAGGCUGGGAGCAGGGACAGUGUCAGCAGGAACUCGCUGGUGGUGCUGUGGAGAGGGCUGGGAGGGAAGUGGAUAUGGGUUACGAGGGAAUCCAAGGCUAUGUCUGCAAGAGUGACGGUGGUGACCAGGGUGAUGCUGCUGCUGCUGGUGGCGCUGUUGCUGCGGCUGACUGGCAUGGUACCAGCAGUGAUUGUGGCGCUGGUUUCGGUGAUGCUGGUAGUACCAGUGAGUUUGACAGCUACGACUAUUAUGCAGUGGGAGCGGAGGGGAAGCAGGGUGAGGAGGGGGGAGGAGAAGCAGGGCAGCACUGGCAGCAGCAGCAGCAGCAGCAGCAGCAGCAGCAGCAGCAGCAGCAGCAGCAACGGUCGCCGUAUAUUGGUGAUGGUCAAAUAGCUGCUGCCACCACCGCCGCGGCAGCUGCUGCUUCUGCUGGCGAUGGUUACGACUUUUACGAUGAUGAUUCGGCUAGUGCUGCUGACCACUCUUUUGCAUCUGCAGCACAAGGCAUCAGAGAACACAGCGGCGGAGCAGAGGAGGCAGAGGCGUCAGGAGCGUAUGAUAACAUCCGGUGGCCGCAGCCUAACCCGAAAAUGGCGGCACGUGCAGAGAAGGAGAAGGAGAGGAAGAAGGUACGGUGUGUGCUGAAGUGGUAA